AUGGUGAUGGCAGAUGAGACGAAAAAUCGGUGCACUCGUCGCACCCGGAUUGUAUGCAUUUCAGAUACGCACAACUGUACCAUCAAGCUCCCGCCGGGCGAUGUUUUGAUUCACGCGGGCGACCUCACCAACCAGGGCAGUUAUUCCGAGCUCUCAAAAGCGAUUCAAUGGCUCGAGAGACUACCGCAUGAGGUCAAGAUAAUUAUAGCUGGUAACCAUGACAUUACUCUCGAUGCCGCCUUUUACGCCAGACACGGUCAUCAGUUUCAUAACAAGAAAGCCGAAUCCCCGGAGAAAUGUCAAGCUUUGGUCAAGAAUUGUCCAUCACUGACCUACCUGCAACACGAGACGGCCACAAUCCGGUUAUCAUCACCGACUGGGCCACGCACCAAGUUCACCGUCUUUGGGUCACCCCUUGCGCCGGCAUUCCGCAACUGGGCGUUUUACUACCCUCCGUAUAAUUCUCAAUCUCCGUGCGAUGACGCUGGAACCGUCGACGGGGGCGUUGAGCAUCGCGCUUCGCCAUGGGACGACAUCCCAGCGAGUGCAGACAUCGUGGUGACUCACACCCCCCCGCGCGGCCACUGCGACGACCGCGGUGGCGUCGACCGUCCGGCUGGUUGUGAGGCCCUUCGUCGCGCUCUCUGGCGCGUGCGCCCGCGUUUGGCUGUCUGUGGCCAUAUGCAUGAUGGCCGGGGCGUGUCGCGCGUGUCGUGGGAUCUAAGUCGCGAGUAUGGGGAACGGUACAACGGUGGUGCGGCAGACUGGCAGGAUCCGGGAGCGGGGGCCGACAGCAAGAUCAGUCUCCUCAAUUUAACGGCCAGGAAAUCAGGUCGUCCUCUGAACAACGACGGGCUGUGGCAGGAGGACAGCCGUCGAGGCUCCUCGCCGGCCGGACACCGCGAAGAGAAAGAUGCCUCAGGGGAAACUGGUGCAGAGAUGAUAGCCCCUGGCUGGUGCGGUCGGAAAGAGACAUGUGUUGUCAACGCAGCUAUCCUGAAAAGUCGGUUUCCCCACGCUGGUGGAAAGCAGUUUUACAAACCGAUUGUCGUGGACAUUGAUCUGCCUGUUGCCGAGGAAAGUUGA